ACCCCGAGCCUGUGCGCGGCCGCCAACGGCUGCCUGCUGCUACGCAUGCGUGAUGGCGAGCAAUGCGCGUGCAUCCUAAGGGCGGUUUCCGUACCUUGACGUUCGGAUUCUCUGGACUGGAGAAGUGGAAAGAAAAGCCCUGAGGAUGCAGUACCCCUUUGCAGAGCAUAGCUGUUUGGACUGUAGGCACUUACCGAAGAAAUAAAUAUAAUUGCCUCCCUCCAAAUUUAUAUUGAUAUAAGAAGCAUAAGACCCUUGAAAAUGAAAAGAUAUAAUGGAUUCUGAAUUAAUGCAUAGUAUAGUUGGAAGCUAUCUUAAACCUCCAGAAAGUGUCUUUUUUCCAUCAUUCACCGAGAAUGAUGAGUCCUCUCAGAAUCACCACUCUGUGAACUUUGAAGUAACCUCUCCUAAAAUGCUUCAUAGUCCAAAUAGCCAAGCUCUUAUUUUAGCCUUAAAAACUCUCCAGGAAAAGAUUCAUCGUUUAGAGUUAGAGAGAACACAAGCUGAGGAUAACCUGAACAUUCUUUCCAGAGAAGCAGCACAAUAUAAAAAGGCCCUGGAGAUUGAAACAAAUGAGAGAAAUCUGGUACACCAAGAACUGAUAAAGCAGAAAAAAGAUAUAAGUAUACAAUUAAGCUCAGCCCAGUCUCGCUGUACUCUCCUAGAGAAGCAACUAGAAUAUACAAAGAGAAUGGUUCUCAAUGUAGAGCGAGAGAAGAAUAUUAUCCUAGAACAACAGGCCCAGCUUCAAAGGGAAAAAGAACAAGAUCAUAUGAAGCUGCAAGCAAAACUUGAAAAGCUUGAUGUCUUAGAAAAAGAAUGUUUUAAGCUUACAGCAACUCAAAAAACUGCUGAGGACAAGAUUAAACAUUUAGAGGAAAAACUUAAGGAAGAAGAACAUCACCGUAAGCUAUUUCAAGACAAAGCUUCUGAGCUUCAAACUGGACUUGAAAUCAAUAGAAUUUUAAUGUCUUCAGUAUCAAAUCCAAAAAGAUCUAAGGAAAAGAAGAAAUCUUCAAAGAAAACUAAAUGUUUAAAAAGAGAACCACCUCAGCAAAUUUAUUCAAAGUUCGAAUCACCACCCGUUGCAGCUGAGAAGAUGGUGCAACACUAUGGGCCACACAUUCUUCAGAAACCUGCUGAAGUUAUUGAGCGUAGGUGUCUCUACAAGCCUAGAACAACUUCCCAGUGUAAAGCUGUAGCUCCUGACUCAAAAAAAUCUAUUUCCAUUUGUGACAAUUUGUCUGAACUUUUGGUGGCAAUGCAAGAUGAGCUGGACCAAAUGAGCAUAGAGCACCAAGAACUACUGAAUCAAAUGAAGGAAGCUGAAAGCCAUUCAGUCUGUGAAGACUUAGAAUGUGAACUAGAACAUUUAGUAAAGAAAAUGAAAAUUAAAGAAGAACAAAUUUCCAAACUGUUGAAGCAUCAAGACAGUGUCCGUAAACUGCAGCAAAAAGUUCAAAACCCAAAGAUGAGUGAAGCUUCAGGUAUUCAGCGAGAAGAUAACAACCCUAAAGGAUCAAAGAACAUAAAAAAUAGCCCCAGAAAAUGUUUGCUAACUAACUCUCUUCAGAAGAACAGCAACUUUCAUCCAAUACGAGUCCAUAAUCUUCAAAUGAAAUUGAGAAGAGAUGAUAUCAUGUGGGAACAGUAACACGGUAGCAAAACUGUCACCUUAAAUGAACUUUGUCAAUGAGAUCUUGAAUGUCUAAAGUGGUUUUAAUUUAAUAUACCUUUAUGAAAUUUUGAAUUAUGUUUCUAGCCUCUAUAAAGUGUCAAGUUAUAGUAUUUUUUAAUGCCUGACCUCCUAAAAGUCCCAAAUAAUAAAUGAUUGCUUUUUUGUUUUUCUUAAUGACUAAAAUGCCUAAUCUCACCAUAUUUUAGCAACAUUGUUCACUUUUCAUAUAUCUUAAGCUAAAUCUAAGAAAUUAUACUGGAUCAAUGAUAUUUAAAAUUUAGUUAAAUUUGAAAUGCCAUUUGAAGUACCAGUUUACUUUUUCAUUUAGUAGGUUUGUAACCUUAAGAACCAGUAUAAAAUGAACAGAGUACGGAAGGUCUUAACCUUCCAAGUACUUCCUCUCUAUCUUGUUUUAGAGCUGUGAAGUGUUUUUUCGUUUUUUAGGGUUUUUUUGGAAAGGGAAAAACUUGGUGAGCAGGGCUUUAGCCCACAUUUCUAUGAGUUACAGAUAAGAACACACUUAAUUUUUAGAUGACAACUCAACUGCAGAAGCUUUCCUCUGCUACUCUUAUUCUCUUUUACAAAUCUAGUUUUAUGACUACAUCUUUUGAUGACUUAGUUUUUGCAUUUUAUAUAUAUAAGGAAGUAUAGGAAGAAGUUGGACAUUUCAUUACCUCUUCUAGCUAAAGUUUGGGGAAAUAUGGUACAUUCUUAUUUUUUUAUAUUUUUAAAUCUGUGCUGUAAUAAGAGAUUUCUUUGUGUGUAUAUGCUUUAUAAUGAAUUUGCACUUGUUGACCUAUCUUUCCAGAAGCCUAUGGAAACUAGUACAACUCUUCUGAACUUUUCUGGUUUCUCACUGAAAUCCUUUGGGACAACUAAAGAAUUGGAAUCAUCAACUUAAGUAAAAAUAAAUGACAGAAAAAGCGUAAUAGAAGGGAAGAACUCAAAAGAUAAGAUAGCAGUUUAAGAGGUGAUUCUAAAGGGACAGAGUUGAAGGUACAUCUUUACUGAAUCCACAGCUUAGGGAAUGUUCAUGCUAUAGAUGUAAAAGAAUUUUUGGUCAGAAUCUUGGGGAGCUAGGAAAAGCAAUUUUAAAAGACAGUCUUUUUGUCCUAGGAAAUUCCCCAAAAGUGUGUGUAGGAGAAAGGGAUAAUUGCGGUCCUUCUGGAGUGGGCAGGGAGCGAAGAGAACUAUGAUUCAUUCUCAGUGAGAGAAGAUGUGCCAUGUUAGAAGACCUUUCCAUACCUAAAGUGGGAAGAUGACUGAAAAUGGGCAGAUUGAUACUUGGAAUUGUUCUUGAAAAUAACUGAUGGCAGAGAUAUGUUUCUCUCCCUUUGGUUUAAACAGUACAGGUGUCCUUCAUCCAAUUUCACUCCCUCUGUAUCAGCUCCAUCAGCCCCAGAGAUGGUCCACAGAGUGCCUCCUCUAAACUCUGUUUCAUCACCUUUCCUAUUUUUCUAUGUUGCCUUUCAUUGUCAAGAAUGUGAGUUAUAUAGUUUAUACUUAGGGAAAAAAAAAAAAACUUCACCAGAAUCAUAAUGCAGCCCUAUCUUUCUGUGCUUCAUUUUCUAUGCAUUUAAGAAGAUGGCUGAAUAUAUUUAGCUUAUUAGUAGUGAAGUCAUUACUUAUAAAAAUGUAUUUCUAAAACAAAAUACCAUAAAAAAUUAAAGUAAUUUUAGGAACACUUGAAGAUUUAGAUGAAGAAUUUAGAAUUUUCUUGAAAAAUCAGUGUAUUGUACAGGAUUUCAGAGUUGGGAGACUUGAGUUCAAAUUGUGACUCUAACACUUAGUAGCUUAGGCAAUUAAAUAACUUUUCGGAGCCUCCAUUUCUCAUUUCUAAAGUGGAGAUUAUAUUAUUACCUACCUCACAGGGUUGUUGUGAGGAGUAAAUGAAAUAGCAUGUUAAAGCACAUAGCAGAAAGGUUGGCAUUGAGUAAAAAUAAAUGUUAAAUCUGAGUGGCAAAAAAAAUUGUCAAAAACCUAAGUUUAUGUGACUUAAAGCCUGAAAGCAAAAGCCAAAAUGUAUUCGUCAUAAAAGUGGGAAUAUUCUAAUUAACUUGUUUUUUUGAGAGGGGAGACUUGCUUGUUCAUUUUUUAUUGUUCUGUGUGACUGUGGGGAGAUUCACUUUGACUUUUCCCUAGGUCAGGUUUCUAGCAGGAGCGGGUAAAGAAUACAGUGCUGCCGUGGUGCAGAAAUACAUAAUCACACACAA